CGUGACGUUCCAUUGUAGGCGUUCUAAUGUAACUGCUCGACCAUUUAAGGUGGAACGGAAAAUUAACACAGAAACUUGCGAAUAAGGAGUCAACAUAGGGCUCGUACUGGUUUCAGCACUGAAGUUAACUUUAUAACUUUAUUCUAUAUUCUCUGCAACAAAAGCACACACAGCGGUGGACUAUGCGCCAGUCGGUGGCAUGUUUAAUGAAGCCCGUUCUUCAUGGAUAUUUCAGAAGUUCUUGCUCGUGGAGGGUCCGGAUAGCCUUUGCCCUGAAGGGUAUUGAAUAUGAUCAAAAACCAGUGAACCUUAUUAAGGAUGGAGGUCUGCAGCUCACAGAUCAAUUUAAAGCAUUAAACCCAAUGCAGCAAGUUCCUGCUGUAACUAUUGAUGGCAUGACCUUGUCUCAGUCACUGGCCAUCAUCCAGUACAUUGAUGAAACUCGGCCGCAGCCCAGGCUCCUCCCUGCUGACCCGAAGCAACGGGUUCAGGUUCGCAUGAUCUGCGACCUCAUCGCCUCUGGCAUCCAACCUCUACAGAACCUUUAUGUGAUACAGAAAAUUGGGGAAGAGAAAGUACAGUGGGCCCAACAUUUCAUCAAUCGAGGAUUUGAAGCUCUGGAGCCUAUGCUGAAGCAGUCUGCGGGAACAUACUGUGUUGGGAAUGAGAUAUCCAUGGCCGACCUUUGCCUUGUGCCCCAGGUCUACAAUGCUGAAAGGUUCAAAGUGGAUGUCAACCAGUUUCCCACAAUCAAGAGACUGUAUCAGACUUUAAUGGAGCAUGAAGCCUUCAAAGUGACUCAUCCAUCCCGUCAGCCAGAUACUCCUGAUGACAUGCGGACAUAAAUGUUGGGUUCUCCUUCCAAUUCUUUUUGAACACAAGUGUUGUGACGGCCAGAGUGGUUUAUAGAUUUUACUAAAGCAACUUUCAUACAA